AAGAAACACCUGAGCAAAUCUGAAGCAUCUAGUUAAAGAAAGAGGUUCCUGUAGUUCAUCUAAUUCUGAUUCACUUAAAAGAAAAAAAAGAGGCUAAGUUGGUCAAAGGCACUCUUUGAACAAAAGACAAAAAAGGCUGAUAGAUACCAACGCGGGCGAAAUCAAGAAUCUUCACACCCUAGUUGUAAAUACACGUUUUUGAUGAUGAAGAUCUGUCUUGUAAUCGUCGCUCUUAUUCACACUGUCGCAUCGUCACCUGUGCCAGCAUCGUCAUCAUCAACAUCGUCAUCAUCGCCGUAUUGUCUUCCAAUGAACCAAGCUGACUACGAAUCACGAGAAAGAAACGGCCAUCUCUUCUAUCCAAACCAAGAUGCAUUCGCCGUUCAGAGUUUUAAUAUUAGCGACGUGGACCUGGGAAGGAAAGAAGCAUCAAGCUGUCCGUAUGAUGGCCUUUCCAGCGCGAAGAGCUGCCCGAACGGCGCCAAACCAAGUGCUUCUGAACCAACCAACGCCAACCAGGAUGGACUGUGCCCGUGGACCUACGUCGAGUGCUUCGACCCCGAUCGCAUCCCGAUGUCAAUUAGCAUGGCGCAGUGUCAAUGUUCAGCGUGUUUAGACCCUUACACCCAUAUGGCUGAUCCUAACUUGCGAUGCCAACCUAUCUUUCAUAAUAUGAAAGUCCUGAGAAAAACCCAGUGUGUGGAUGGUCUCUUUCGAUAUGAGGAGGAGACUAUCAAUAUACCGGUAGCGUGUGCAUGUAUGAGACAACGAGUUGCUUAAACUUGUCCCGUGCUGAGCAAGAAAAAACCCGCCAAAAUACCAAAGAUGACCAUCACCUUGCCUCAUUUACCAUCUAUAAUAAAUUAUUUAAUAUCAGAGAUAUAUUUUGUAUUCAUAUGUAAUAUUUUUAUUUUUGGCCUUUUAAUUUAUUCUUAUAUUUGUCAGAAAUAUUCAUUAAUUCAAACUAUAUUUGAAGCGAUAUUUGUGCAAAAUAUAUAUUUAUUGUUAUAAUAUUUCAUACUUAAUCACUGAUAUUUUUUUACCUUUGUCUUUAUUUUUAUAUGUGUGUUUAAGCAGGUUUUGAUAAACAGGUUCUGUUUUGGAAACAGCUUACUCGUAGACCAUGUCAGUUUGGCAAAUGUGUGUAUCCACUGUGUGGAGUGUUUGUUGCGAAGUGAUGAUUUCUUCAAUCCCGUAGUUAUAACUUAUAUUCUUUACAUGUAUAGGAUUACCAACGUGAUGUAUUACACAUGACAAGGAUUUUGUUUUCUUAAUCCGAAGUCUGAUGCUUAUUGUAUUUAUUGUUUGACAUUUAGACCAAUAUGUGUAUGCUAUGUAACUUAUUUGUAUUUAUCCAAAUUAUUGAUAGUUUUCAUAUCACAUUUGUACAAUAUAUAUAUAUAUAUAUUAUGUCAAUAUGAAAGGACUGAUAUUUGUUGUGUAUGCUAUGUAACUUAUUUGUAUUUAUCCAAAUUAUUAAAAGUUUUCAUAUCACAUUUGUACAAUAUAUAUAUAUAUAUACUAUGUCAAUAUAAAAGGACUGAUAUUUAUUGUUUGUAGAAUAAUGUUUCUUUUGCUGCUUUAUCAUUAUUAUAAAUAUUUUUGCGUUUUAGAACGUUUUGCAUAAACUGUUUCUGUGAAGCAAACAGCGUGCUCGUAGACAGUGUCAAGUUUGGCAAAUGCUUGUAUCCAUUGUGUGGAGUGUUUGUUUACGAAGUUAGAAAUCGAAAUGUAUUUUGACAGACAUGGCAUCAAUACUAGAAAUUACAACUCCUAAAACGCAAUCUUGCCAAAAUCCAAUAAGGAAAUUUUCAAACUCUCAUCAAUAUAUGCUGCUAUAAAAGUCUGGAACUUUUCUUAUUUCUACAUAUUUCUUAAGUGAAUUCUUAUACAUAUACUUUGUUUUUACUUUGUAAUUCAUUUAGAUUACUAUAUUAUUUUUGUAACUCUCUAUCAUCUACUCUCUAGUCAUUUUGUUAUAUUGAAUUGAAUUUGUUAUCUUUAUAUUUGGAUGAUUCUUUUUCAUAUAUUCAAUCUUUUAAGUUGUUGUAUCAGGACCAUGAUGUAAAACAGCUGUGCUGAUCAUGUUUUAAUCCUGUAUAAAUAAAUUCAAAUAAAUACAUAAAUUUAAUUUAAGUAAACGGUUGCCUUUUUUAAUUGUUUAGCACGUCUACAGUCUUGAUUUGAAUACAUGAACUGUCGUUAUUGUUUUAAAUAGUCAAAAUAUAUUAAUCCUAUAUUAUGUCUAAAAAAUGAUCUAAAUUUUCAAACGAUACAAACGUAAUUCUUUCUUUGAAACACCAGCUUCUUUAUAUCAUUCACUGUUAAAUGUAUAUAGGGUACCAGUAGUAUGACGCCUCUCUCAUGUAUCUUGUGCAAGUUGUCCAAAGGACAUCGUUUAUGCUAUACUAUUGGAUUUAUACUAAUUUAGGCUUCAUAGCCAUUAUCAUUAUCCUAUCAACUGUUUUCUUCAAUAUUGUUAACAUGCAUGUGUUAAAAUUCAAAUUACACAGUAAAUUAUUUAUGGAUAUUCCAAAAAAAAACAUUUGUUUGUUAUUUUAUU